CCCCCCCCCAAAAAAACCCCCAACCAACCAACAGCCAAGAGGCAAAAAAAGAAAAAUGGUCUGCUCGAAAUGCGCAAAGAAACUCAAACAAACCGAACUCGCCACCCCGGGCGUGAAACGCAAAGCGGAGAUGUACUACGGCUCGCCGUCGACGACUCUGGGCGGUGCCGGUGCGAGUAGCGCGGGGAGUAGCAGCAGUAGCAGGGGCAGCAGCAGCAGCAGCAGCACCGCCGGGAAAUCGACAUUGGGGAGUACGGGUAUCGGGAAGAGCAAACUCCUCACCUCCAAAGCCAAGAACCCGUACGCGGCGUACGCGUCCUCGUGCGACUCGUGCAAGACAAAGACGGAGCAGGGGCGGAAGUUCUGUCAGCGGUGUGCGUAUCAGCGGAAUGCAUGUCCGAUGUGCGGGAAGGGAUUGACGUCGAGCGCGUCGAAGAAUCAGCCGGUCGUGCAGGGGCAGAAGUUUAAUUUGAAGUGAAUGGUCUUUCUUUCUUUCUUUCUUUCUUUCUUCUGUUUUUCUAGUUCUGGGGGUGUAUGUGGUUGGGAUGGUAUAGCUUCAGGGAGUGAAGAAUGAAUUAUCUUAGGUUACUUGGGUUUAAGGAGAAGGGUAAUGGUGCAUGGCGUUGGGUCAAGUGCUUAGGACAUAG